AUGAGCAGAUUGCCAUCUACAUACAUCAGGAAGCUUUUAGUUGUUUCUGGUAGUCCUGGGAGGCAUGUCAUCUGUUUCAAUAUCCCUGAUGUCUGUAACACCACCACCCUGCUGCUCAGCGAGGAUGGAGACAUGCUGUAUGUAGGAGCCCGGGAUGCUGUACUAGCACUGGAUGUUAGCCGCAAGGACUCCAUCACUCUGAGGAGUAAGCUGGACUGGAGCCCGUCAGACAGAGACCUUGAACAGUGUUCUAUGAAAGGCAAGAAAAUGGCUGACUGUCCCAAUUUUAUUCGUGUACUGCAGUUUUUGAACACCUCCCACAUCUAUGCCUGUGGAACGUUUGCCUUCAGCCCACGUUGCACCUACAUUAACUCAGAGACAUUAAGAAUGACCAUCAAGCCUGAUGAAGGCAGAGGACGCUGCCCUUAUGAUCCCUACCAGCGUAACACUGCUAUUGUUGUAGAUGGAGAGCUUUAUACUGGGACGGUGGCAGACUACAGGGGGAACCGGCCAGUUAUCUCUCGGCAUCUUAGUGAGGGCAGGCGUGUUGACCUGAAGUUGGAUGAUACAUUAGGAUGGCUGGAGGACCCCACCUUCAUCAGCUCCAGUUUCAUUCCUGAUGAGGAGAAAAUCUAUUUCUUCUUCAGUGAAGUGGGCAGAGAGUAUGACUUCAUAGACAAAUUUAUUGUGUCUCGUGUCUCUCAGGUCUGCAUGAGCGAUGUAGGGGGCCAGCGGACACUGCAGCGACGCUGGACCACGUUUGCCAAAGCUCAGCUGUUAUGCCAGGCUGACAAUGAGCUGCCCUACAAUGUGAUCCAGGACAUAGACCGCCUCUCCCCUGCAGAGAGAGCUCCUGCAGAUGACACACUCUUUUAUGGCAUCUUCACCUCGCAGUGGUCUGUGAACUCCGGACGGUCCGCAGUGUGUUCAUUCCGCCAAAGUGACAUCAAAGCAGUUUUCUCUGGUAACUACAAAGUCCUGAACCGGGACACAUUACAGUGGAGCACACGGGUUCAAGAGAAGGUCGCAAAUCCAGGAGAGUGUGGUCUGCAUAAUGCAUCAGACAAUGCCCUGCGCUUUGUCAAAGAAAACUUCCUGGCAGACGACAGUGUGCGGCCGGUUGGCAGAAUUCCAAUCAUGGUGUCUGCUGAGCACAGCUACAGCCACCUGACUGUCCAGAGAGUCCAGGCUGCCAACAACAGAGACUACACUGUGCUGUUUCUGCUGACAGAGUCUGGGUACCUGCACAAAGCAGUGCUCCUGCAGAGUGGGGCCCACAUCAUUGAGGAGGUCCAAGUUUUUGAGCAGCCACAGCUUGUAAAGAGCUUGAAGCUCUCCAUAUCCAAGAGUGUGAUAUAUGUUGGUACGUCAGAGGCCGUUGUGAGGGUUCCAACAGCCAACUGCUCCUUUUACUGGACCUGUGCUCAGUGUGUUCUGGCCCGAGACCCUUUCUGUGGUUGGGACCCUGCUAGCAGGGCCUGUGUGGAGGCCUCCAACACUCAAACCGCUCUAGGGCAGGACAUAGACAGAGGGAAUGUUGAAGAUUCAUGCAGCAGUGUGUCAUUAACACAUAGAGCCAGAUUUGGUCUGAACAAACUGCCUGCAGGUGAGCUGGUGUCGGUGUCUCUGAAUGAAGUGGUGCGGCUACAGUGCCCCGCAGUAUCGCGGCUGUCGCAGCAGCAGUGGGAGCGUCCUAACAGCCGGCUGUCCUCAGACCUGUACCUGCAGCUAGGGGAUGGGAGUCUGACCUUUGUGGCCACCCCUGCCACACUGGGUCACUACCUCUGUCUGUCGACCGAGAAUGACUACCAACAGACUAUGGCCAUAUAUCACGUCAAACAGAGGAGCAGCACCAUGGCUCAAAAUCCAACCAGCCACAUUCAGCCUCAGACACACCCUGUUCCAACCACACGAGCUGUAGCCAGGCCUGGACCUGUACUGCACACCUCUGUGAGGGGCUGGCCUAAAAGAAAAGGAGCAAGACAAGGAGAGACUGAGCCAACGCUGUCCAGCAGGGACACUCAGACCACCACCAGACAGCUGGGUGGAAACUUGACCCUGUGGACACACGUAUCUGGGCAGGAUGAGGCAGAGUUUUGGGACGGGGAACCCCUACUGUCAGCUCAAGGCCCCUGUUGCCUAAAAGAGCUGGUAGUUGUGUCACUAAUGCUGGUGCUCUGCCUCAGUCUCUUAAUAACCAUGUUUCUGUUCAUCAUCAGACAGCGCUGCCACAGCCGAACGGCCCCACAGGCAGAGACUCCAAGCGGACUCUCUGAAAGAAGGACCCCUGUGGAGCAGGAGGCCCUCAGGGGAACCCAGUUUCUGAGCAAACGAAAUGGACAAGUCUUAAACAGUGGGCAGGCUAGUGGUCUGGUUUGCAACAGGACACUCAUGGGCUCUAAUGGACAUUUGCCCAACACCCCCAUCUGAAUAGCCCGGACAUUUAAAGUGUUGCAUAUAAGACCAGUGUAUCAGUCAGUCAGGUAUCAGUCACUAUGCUGACUGCCCCACAGCCAGAGGCAAGAUACAAACACUGUGGACUUAUGUGAUUCUGAUUGGUAAGAUGUGGAUGAAAGACAGUCUUCCUGUGGUUCUUAAAUGAAGACACAUCGCUGUUGAGAUGGUACUUGUUUAUUAUUCCUAGAGGUCGAAACACACUGGCUGUGAUGCUGUAACAAGACGGUUGAGAUAGAAAAGUACAGGCUGCUCCAGUGUAGCUUGUUCUUUAAUUGUUUUUAUAACAUAGUCAGUGUUUGAUGCAGAGCCAGUGACUGCCAUAGUAAUGCAUCUCUUUAUGGGAUAGUUAUAUUUUUCAGGGUAAGGGUUAAGACAUCUAAAGUACACUAGAAACACAACUGUUAGAUUUGGACAUUUCUGGGCAUGAUCAAACUUCACAGAGACAGAAAUUGUACAUCCAAGCAGACCAGACUUGUCUGUGUCUAAAUCUCCUAUGAAAUAUGUUUGGAGGAAACAUACUGUAAUUGAUGGCCAGUUUAUGUUCAGUGUCAAGGUUUUCCCCAGUUCAAUAGGUGUGGUGUCCUGCAUAUCCUAUGUUUCUAUAACAUAGAGAAGUCAUUAGCAGCUGCUUUGGCUGGAUGAGCCUUGACAAAUUCAUCUGUACUUGGAAAAGACCACAGAGAUCAGGCCAGUAGCCUUCUUUAUUAUUUGUUUGUAAGAUGGUGUUACACACCAGUGUGAAUGUGCCUUAGCUACAGUUUACUGUAGAUGACGUUUGGUGGAUCUGUUGAUUCACACUCGCUGAUUUCCUGUGCAUUAUAUACACUGGGCCAUGUGGACACAACUUCAGUAAACAUGCAUCCAUAACCUCUUCCAUCAUGCACAGUGCUGUCUUGUCAUUUAAGAGAAGCCUGGAAGCUUCACAUUAUUUCUCAUUUGCUCUUUGAGUGACCUAGAAAUUGAUCUGGUUUGCAAUCAUGGAGGAUGUCUCAGAUACCUCAUUUCUGUUAGUAGUAGCAUUUCUAUAAAUUACAAGACAUUCUGAUCAUAACCUGAACUAUUGCAUAAGGAUUAUACAAAAAGAAUAUAAAUAAAUGC